UACGGCCCGAUUUUUCCCACUAAGAUUUAAGUUUCUUCUCAGUGACCAUAUAUUUCUUGUACCACAGGUACCAGGUGAGAUCCAGCUUGAAGUCGUAGAAGUGCAUGUAUAGUUGAAAUAAUAAUACACGAACUGGAUAUCCGUUGCUGUUACUGCGCUCAAUGUGACAUCUUUUGUCCACCUGCUACCGAAUCCGUUCAGAAGUCCUUCAGGAAAUUAUUUGCCCUUCCGUUUGCAUUCUAUUAAGGAAGCUAACCCCCGUUUGCAAAGAACCGGAAUUCCUUCUGAGUUAGCAGCUUAAUGUGUCUGAUCGACAUAUUUCUUUAUUUUUGUGGUCCACAUCCGAUAAGAAGCCACAGGAAGUUGUCCUUAAAGACACGGGGAUUAUUUUCUGCAAGAUCUACUAUUAACUAGCGCCACCGUAGCGAAAUUUUGUACACUGCUCACGUUACAGUUAUAUUUAUUACUUAAUCUACCUGGUAUUUAUUAUAAUAAUGUUUAUAUUUUGUUCUAAAUGAGCUUCUUAUUUCUAAAUGUUCUAAAUGAGCUUUUUUGUGCUUCUUUUUUUUAAUAAGGAGUCAUAGGAAAAUCUGUAAUUCGUGGUAAGAGACUUCUCUUAUGUUUUACAUAGUUCUCAAUAUGGCGGUUUCGUCUUCACACGGUCAUCACCACUUAAAUCAUCGGCAACCGCUUAAUUGUUCUGAUGUUCAUAUUGAGAUUCUGACUUUAUCACUAAUGCAUCCGUUUAUACUUGGAUCGCUUCCGUAUUUGGGACCAGCUUAUGACAUGGCACUGGAAAAAAUUGGAACUUUAUACGAACAUCUGCAUGUGGAGCAAAACUUUUUAAUGGACGAAAAAUAUCGUGAUUGUGAUAGCUUCACGGCCGAUGCGGUGGACAUGCUUACGGCACAUCUAUACAAGAAAUCAAUUAAAUAUGCGGAAGAUCCAUGUGCAUUAACCGCUUUAAUUUUUCCUGGAUGUAACGAAAUGCAGGAAGUGUUGAAUCUUGCAACCGAACUGGAUAUUUUAAUGCUUACCAGUGUUGGCAGUUUACCUAACAUACGGGAAAAGAAAAGGUAUCCAACUUGGAUUACAACCACGUCAAAUUCGCACGAUCCUUAUAUUCAAGUGUUCAUUAAGCUGGCGCGAACUUUUAAAUGGAAAUCAUUGGCCGUAUUAACGGAUCAAGACGCUAAUCCGUUCUUUCCGUUCUUCGCUAAUACACUGAUUUCGGCUUUCAUGGAGGAGCGGAAGUUUCAGAUAUACCCAGAAAUACACAACGCAAAAACUGUAGAUUAUCAUAAGAUGCUUUUAAGAUUGAAUUCUGUUUCUCGAAUAUAUCUGUAUUUUGGUUCUCCUGAUGAAUUCCGCAACUUAUUGAAUAAUGGUCUCAUCAAUGUCAUGCAAUUUUGUUGUCAUACAGAAAGUGGCAGCAGAAUUAAACUUCACUCAAGGAGACCAUGUUUACAUGAUCAUGACGCCAUUCAGAUCAACAGGAAACCGAGCACCUUAUCGUGGCAGAAAGGUGACAGCAAUGAUAAGGUGAUCCAAGGUGCCUAUCGGUCGGUUUUAAUUGUGGAGCCUGACAACAUGGUUUAUGGCAUGGCGAAAGGCUCGCAACAGUUUGCUUUGGAAAUGAUCAACCGUUCGCGAAACAGUUAUAACUUCACAUAUGCACCAUUCGACAGGGUCAGUCCGCAUCCAGCUUCAACGUAUGCUGCAUUUCUUAUGUUAGCCGAAGUUGUGGAGGAACUUCGGUCAUCGGGCAAAGAUUACGUAUGGGCUUCCGGAAAAUUGUUCGCUCGGCGCUUCCUGAAUCGCCUGUUUACAACUGACGUUAGUGAAAUCUACAUUGACCGAAAGGGGGAGAGAAUUCCUACGAUAAAUGUCAAUCAGUUGGACUGGAAUGCAUCACAGGUUCGAACAAUUUUUACUCAAAAUGCGUCUACUAUGGAGCUGCAGAAUGUUGCACAGCCACAAUGGCCUACCGCCUGGCCGCCGGCAAAUGAACCCAUGUGCGGAUUUCGUGGGGACGCUUGCAUUUCCGCUUCAGGUAAUUUCGUCACCACCGUUUCUGCAGCAGCUGCAACAUCAGCUACGCUUCUGUUUCUUGUGUUCAUUGGAAUCUUUGUUGGAAUAAAACGACGUAGUAAGUACCAACGAUUCCUUAUUAGCGCGUGCUGGAAAGUUGAGCCGGAAUGUUUGCAACCAUUAGGAGAAAAAAGCCAUAAAGUAAUGGUGCAUAUCAAAGAACAGCGGACAGUAUGGCUCAGCCAAAUGGGUGUACAUCAUGCUACAUCUGGACAACGGUUCCCACAAUCGACACUAAGUCAGCCAGUGCUACGAAUUUUAGAGAGCGUGCUGGAACUAGAACACCGAAACGUCAAUCGGCUGUUGGGCAUGGCUAUAGUUAGCAGUAAUUGGUAUUUCGUCAGCGAAUACUGUGCCCGUGGUAGUCUUCGCGCUUUGUUGUCAAAAACAACAUUGGAGCUUGAUUUCCAAAUCGCGUUAUUGUUGGACACAUUGAAGGGCGUUCAGGCUAUACACCGUUCUCCUAUAAAAUUUCACGGGAAUCUUACAAGCGAUAAUUGUUUGAUCGAUAAAUAUUUUACCUUAAAAAUCGGUGGAGUCGGUUUUCAACAGAUGAGGCAAAAAUACACCAAAGAACUUGUCCAUAGUGCCAAUAACGACAAAUGCUAUGAUCCCGUGAAUGCCACAGCCAGUGAGGAUAUACAAUCCGUCAGUGUUAUCCUGUACCAAAUCAUCAGCCUGGAAGACUAUCCGAAAUCUCCCGAUGACUUGCAUCGCUUGUUGUUCAAGCAACCCGACAGCGUGUCCCCCACGUUCCUUAAAGUUCUGCCGGAUAUACUUUUGUGCAUGGAUCCGCUUCCUGAAAACCGACCGGAGAUUAAUAGUCUAUUGAAGUCGUUUGCAAGUGGGCUGCGUCCUUACACCAACGCAUCUACUAACGUGCCUUUGGUGGAAAAAAUUAUGCGCCGGCUGGAAACAUACGUUAAUGAUCUGGAUCUGCAGGUUGCGAUACGUACCCAGGCUUUGGCAGAUGAACGCAAAAAAUGUGAAAUAUUGCUGAAGAAUAUAUUUCCCAGUUCCGUGAUUGAACAGCUUAGAAAAGGAACCAUAUCGGACGCAGAAAUAUUCGAGUCAACAACCAUAAUGUUUACAGAAAUUGGCGGUUUCAACACUAUUCUCCAUGCGACGAAGCCAAGAACGGCAAUGAUGUUCCUUAAUGAUGUCUAUUCGGCAUUUGACUCCACGCUUGAUCUAUACGACGUUUUCAAGGUGGAAACCAUAAGAGACUCAUACUUGGUUGCAAGUGGUUUACCACAGCGUAACGGACAUCGGCAUGCAAAGGAAAUCUGCACCCUCGCAAUGUCACUGUUCCGAGCUUAUUCAGCCUUUCAGCCGCUGUUUGAUGGAACGUCACUGCGCGCUGGAAUAAACAGUGGCCCUUGUGCUGCGGGAGUCGUCGGACAUAAAACGCCUCGCUACUGCUUAUUCGGCGAUACGGUUAAUACAGCCUCUAGAAUGCUGAGUCACGGUGCGGAUGCGCAAGUCCACGUCAGCCGCAGUACAGCAGAGCUGCUGCAGGAAUUUCCAGAGAUCAGCCUGGAAGAUCGUGGAGAGAUCGCAAUUAAGGGAAAGGGGGCAAUGCAAACCUUUUGGCUGCUGAUGGGCUAAGCCGAAUUUAAUUGGCUUUCGUGUCUCCUUGUA